CAAUCUUAUAAUAGAAGCACGGAAGAUUGCCCAACGCUCAUUACCAGUGCAACUCAACCAUGCAGUCGACCAAACAUGACGAUGCUCACCAAGCAGUCAUGAUGCCCAGUGAUACCGGUACUGGUCCUGAUGUGGCUGAGGAGGCAGAGGAAAGCCAUCCAAAACCGCCAACAAGUCAUACAGAAGUGUCAACCAGCACACAUCGAGAUCUCGACGGGUCAACGGCAGAAUCACUUUCCGAAGAAUUUGAUGUCAUCGAAAAGGCUACCAGGAUAAGUGCUUCUGGUGGCGUUUGUGAAGCUGGCGAGGCGGAACGUCGAAAGCUACUUGCUUUUGAACAAAAGGCAAGAACAUCCAAGGAAAACUCUAUUGAGACAGCUGACCCUCAAAAUAUGGAAGAAGGAUUGGAUCCUCUGGACCUGGCUAAAAUUGCGGAAACACGGUUAAGAGAUUCGGAUGCCAGUCCCACAGAUCAAGGGCGCACAAUAGCGCUUUAUCCAACAACCACACAGGCUGCUUCACCUGUGACGGGGACACACGGAUAUGAGGAAGAAACCAAUAUAUCCCCACUCGAUCUGGCCAAAAUAGUGGAGGCUCGGCUCCAAGAUUCAGGUGAAAAUAGCGCCACUCCAGAAGUGGACAAUUCUCAAUCAGCUGUAGACAACAUUGAGCAGCAGAGCCACCAUCAGGAACAAAAAGUGAGCAACAGUACGAGCACUGGCGAUGCCAACAGAAUUGGACUCGCCGACACCAAUGUGAUUCGGGUUGAUAUGGUACAAGCUGAUGGCAAUCAUGGAAUUUUGAAUUUGCCUCGACUGGAACGGAGUACUGCCAACCGAAGGCCCCAAUUACAACCAGGAGCCUACCCAAGUGGAGGAAAUUUUCACGCAACGGAGGAAAAUCAGGAAACCGCUGUGACACACAUUGAACCAGCGAUGACUCAACCACCUACAAUCGAACCAGAAAAUUUGGCUGUGGCAAACUUGGUUGAAGAUGAAACAACCGCUCAGGAUCUACCCCAGGCUCAAAAUUACAAUCUGGAAAAUGAAAACAGAAACAGAGAAUCAAGAAUGAAGCACUUCAAAACCAAGGUCCUCUUGGGUGUCAUUGUCUUGUUGGCAAUCGUUCUCAUUUUGGUAGCCAUUGUGGCACCUGGAAAGAAAAUGGAUAAUGCAGAUCUUUUCCCAUCAACCGCACCUAGUGAGUUGCCCAGCAGCAACCCAUCUCAGGGACCGUCGUCUUAUUCAGAAUAUUGGCUAUCACUUUUCCCUGAAUCCACAGUCUCAGCAAUUCAGGAGGACCCAGUAUCACCCCAGUCGAUGGCAUUCCAAUGGCUUAUGGAAGAGAUUGAUGUCCUACACAACCUUACAGAGGGGAGAGUGGUACAACGAUUUGUACUAGCUACAUUCUAUUUUGCCAACAGCGAAGAACGAUGGCUCUUCAGUAACAAUUGGCUCAACCACAGUGUUCAUGAGUGCCUUUGGUAUUCAAGUUUGGAGGAUUGGUUUUUCUUUUCUGAGGCAAAUAUAUAUAUCCCACUGGAUCAUAUCGCUCCCUGUGAGCAAGAUCCAGCUGGAUAUCUAGAGGAUGGCAUCUUGUACCAGGGAGAUGGAAUCCUGAAACAUUUUUGGCUCUCCUUUAAUGGUGUAGUGGGAUCAGGGAUUCCGCCAGAGCUCUACUUGCUUACUGAACUUAGGAGCUUGGCAUUGGAUGAAUUAAACUUGACCAGCACCAUCCCAGAAGAGCUCUCGGGCCUUUCAAAUUUGGAGUAUCUUUCGAUGUUGGGAUGUGGGCUUUUUGGCUCCAUUCCUGAAGCACUCGGAAGUUUGUCAAAACUUGGAGUUAUCCACUUUUUCUACAACUCUUUGACAGGAACUAUUCCAUCAUCCCUUUUUUCCCUUACAAACUCAAUGCAAGUCAUCACUUUGGUGGGAAAUCAGCUUACAGGACCUAUAACAACAGAACUGGGAUUGCUAACAACUUUGGUGGGUCUAGGAUUUGAGGCCAACCUUUUCACGGGGACAAUUCCCACAGAACUUGGGCGAUUAACUGGAUUAAGGUAUUUGUUCCUGGCGGGCUUGAAUCUGAAGGGUGCUCUCCCGAAUGAGCUUGCAGUUCUUACAGACAUGGAACUUCUGCAACUGCAUAACUCGGGUCUUACAGGGACACUCCCUAAAUGGCUUGGCAACAUGACAUCCCUGGAAGGAUUGACUCUGUCGGACAACUCCUUGACUGGGACUAUCCCGACAGAGCUUGGCCUGCUGACAAAAUUGUGGAACUUCUGGCUUGGUGAGAAUGCUUUGUCGGGCGGAAUCCCAAGUGAAAUUGGAAAGUGUGAGCAAAUGAUUUAUUUGGUCUUGGAAAGAUGUGGUCUCACAGCAACCAUUCCUACAGAGCUUGGUCUGCUUACUGAGUUAUUGCAGUUGUGGCUGUUUGACAAUGAUUUGACUGGAACAGUGCCCCUGGAACUUGGCAAUGUUCCUUUCCCUGCUCCUUAUGGUCAAGUCUUGUUGGAUCGAAAUCAUCUUUCUGGCGUUAUCCCUGAGAGCUUGUGUUCUGCCAAUGACCUUUCCUUUGACUGCAGCAGCCAGCUCUGUGGGUGUGAUUUGUGCAACUGUUCUGACAAUAGAACAUCACCGAUACUGGAGGGAGAGACUACAAAUGAAGAUGGCCAGCUACUGAAUGAGGCAAACCAAACUGAGGCGAACCUAACUGAACCCCGAAUGAAAUGACAGGAUGGUUGUGUUAGUCAUUAUAAUACUACAUGUUUGCAUAUAAGUUGUUGCGAGAAACACAG